GACGUUUGCCUGUAGUCGAGCAACAAACCUUUCCGGAAAUAACAUAUGUUUGAGUCAAUGCGGUCCCAAACUUUCAAGUCAAGAUCGAGACCGGCCAUUUUACGAUACCUUGUUGUUGGAUUAUUCAUCUUUCAAAAUUAAAAUUGUAAUUAAUGUCAGAACCACAGUCAGCUCUUCUACUGAGAAAACAGCUAGCAGAACUGAACAAGAACCCCGUGGAGGGUUUUUCUGCAGGUCUUAUAGAUGAUAAUGAUAUCUACAGAUGGGAAGUACUCAUAAUAGGCCCACCCGAUACCCUCUACGAAGGGGGUUUUUUCAAAUGUCACCUUUAUUUUCCUAAGGAAUAUCCUCUCAGGCCACCAAAAAUGAAAUUUGUUACAGAAAUUUGGCAUCCGAAUAUCGAUAAAAAUGGUGAUGUAUGUAUUUCGAUACUCCAUGAGCCAGGAGACGAUAAAUUCGGUUAUGAAAAAGCCUCGGAGCGGUGGUUACCAGUACACACAGUAGAAACUAUUUUAAUAUCAGUUAUUUCAAUGUUAGCUGAUCCGAAUGAUGAAUCACCUGCCAACGUUGAUGCUGCAAAAGAAUGGCGAGAAUCUUACUCAGAAUUCAAAAGAAAAGUAGCAAGAUGCGUCCGAAAGUCACAAGAACAAGAGGAAUGUUAGUAUAAUGACUGUAUUAAAAUUUAAUUAUUAUAAACAAUUUAAUUAUACAAUCGAUUUGGUUCAAGGGCUGUUAAAAUUUAUCGCGGUGCGCCCUUUUAUAUGUCGGUUCCGUAGUUUUUUAUACACAAAACCUAAAUAUAGUUAAAUGAAUAUAAUUUUUUCGGCGGACGGUAAAUUUUAACCACGCCCCCAAUCGGAUCGCUCGAGUUUUUCGAACAGUUUUUCAAUUUAUCCAUCAAUUUUAUUUCCUUCCUCGAUUUUUUAACUUCAAUUUCUGCUGCGUCGGAUCUCACUCAAGAGCUGAGAAAUCUUUUUUUUAUUAAAUUAAAAUUAGGAAUCUGAUUAAAAUUUUUUUAGUUUAAAUAAUAAAUAAUCUGUUCAUAUACGAUUUUUUGCAUUUUAUUGUUCAAUUACUACCGAAAUGUCUCGUGUUUAAGGAGUUUCUUAUGCAAUUCUGACUGGUUCCUAUUAUAUACUGGAAGUAAUUAAAAUAUUUUUUUACCUUUUUAAUCGAUUGUCCAUGGUGAGAUUGUCGAGUUUCAAAAGGAAAUCUUUAGGAAUCAGCGAAACGAACUCGAUACGAAUAUUUAUUAGUAAUGCAUGCACAUUUUCCUAUUACCCUCGUAUUUGUACAAUUUAUGUCCUUCGUAUUUUAAUAGUCUUCCCUAAUUUUUGCGUUACCCUCGUAUUCGAUCAUACUAAUUGUAUUUUUUGUGAACAGUCGACUCAAAAACUAUAGUGAAAUACAUCCCUUGUUUUUGCCAGAAUAAAUACGACAUUAAUGUUAAAAAUUAGGAUAAACAUUUAUUUAUGUUCAUUACAUGUAUGUACAUGGAAAAAAUACGAGGGAUAUACUAGAUGUUUAUGGGUAGUAGGAAAAUAAUAUAUUUUAUAUUCCGAAGAUUUCCAAAAAAAAACUGACAUUCUUAUUUAAUUUUAUAAUAGCAAAUAUGGUACAAACUCUGAUCAUGAUAUUUAAUAGUUGUAUACCAUUUUGUCCAAUUUAUUGUCCAUUUUAUCAUUAAACGUUUAUAUGAUUUUUCUUUUUAAGAUUAAGUUGUACUAUAUAGACUAUGUUAAGCGUUCGAACUGUGGAUAAGUAAUGUUUUUUUUCAGAAUCUACCAGGCUUCACAAGAAGUUUUUAAUAAUCGUAAGACAGUGAAAUGUCAAAAAAUACUUGUAACUGCUCCUAGACAUGUAAAUUUUACUGUAACGCUGUAG